GCUCAACCUUCAGAUAAGGCCUUCCUGACAGAGGCCCGAACGCAAUACCCUAAUAAUGGACGCAAAGCGCGCUUGACACGAAUAUCCGCACAUGCUUUGUACGGGCAAAGAGCUCAUUGAUAUUCGUUGCAAUCUACCGAUACAAGCUGGACACAAGCUCGACGUUGCUUCGCGCAUGGGCUCUCGAUUCUUUCGAAGUCGUCGGCUACUUACACCUCAGCGCCCUCAAAGCCCGCAGUGCCCGCACCUUCGCCGAACGUCGCCGCCCCAAAUUGAUCACUACGCAUCACAACGCCCCCUCCCACGGUUCGAAUCCUCCGGUCCUCUGAUCCACCAGCCUUCUUCUAUACUUGGAACAAGUACACUUGCUCAAGCGUCGAGAUUCGACGCUGCGCAAGAUGGCGCCAGCGUGCGCCCGCGAGACCGUCCCGGGUCUCAUCUCCCAGCGAAGCGCGACGUCUUGGAGCGUCCCGCAUCGCCGCCCUCGUGCUCCCCGACCCCGCUCGCGUGGUUCCAUUUCGCCCACACUACCCGCGGCUAACAAUAGCGCGCUGGUCUUCGCCGCUCCAACGUGGGGGGGCUUUCAUAAAAGGCGGCUUGCUUUCGGCCUACAAACCCAACCACCGGUUCCCCCCUCGAGACGACCUUCGCUAGAAGCCACCCGCUCCUCCCUUGCCACCGACGACCAUGUUCGCGUACUACUCACUGAUCGCCACCGUCUCGCUCGCGCUCGCCGCCGCGGCGUCGCCUGUCGUCAG